AUGAUUGGUACUGAUAAUAAUAAAUUGUUUGUUACAGAAGAAGAAGAUGAAGGUAUUCCAACUCCAGCUGCUGUGAAAAAUGAAGAAGUAGAAGACAUAGAUAUGCAGGAUUUCGAUAAUAGCAAUGCGCCUGGAUACGCUCAACAAUACAGUAAUGUAGAUGAUGAAGAUGAAGAUGAAGAGGAUCCUAUAAUUGAAAGUUUCCCUGUAAAUAUUGCUGGAAACAAUGAGAGUCUGUAUAUUUUCCAAUACGCAAGUAAACCCAAAGUUGUAGGUAAGAAGCCCGCAGAACAUCCAUUCAUUAACGAAGCAAGAUAUAAGAAGAAAUCAAGUCUAUGGGAAUUGGAUAUCCCAUUAGAUGAAAACUCUUUCUUUAAUAGCGAUAAAGCUGAUGGUACAUGGGGGAAGGCAAAUAUUCAAACUUUGAAAGGGGUUGGAGUUCCAAAUGAUGGUCAAUAUACAGCAUUCGUGGCGAAUGGUCAAAUAUAUCUAACACCCAUUAAGACUGUUGCUCAAUUGAGACCAUUUUUUAAUUAUAUAGAUGCAUCUAAUCAGGAGAGGAAGCAAGAAGAACAUAAACAAAAUGCUUCUGCACAUUCUCAAAGAGCCCAAGUGGUCACCAUGUCUGUGAAAAGCGCUAAUGAUCAAACACAUAAUAGAUUAACAGGUUCUUUAUUAGCUCAUAAAGUUGCAGAUGAGGAAGAAAGUGAAGCUUUAAUAUGGGCAGAAAAUACCUACGAACAAUUCAAAGAAGAUAUCAUAAAGGAAACAGAAAGGACUGCAUUGAAACCUUUAGAUACUAAAGAAGAUUAUUUAACAAAAUUAAUAUGA